AUGGUUUCAGCCGUGAAGAGUGUAGCCGUGAUUGGUGCCGGCCCUUCGGGUGCUAUUGCUGUUGAUGCAUUGAUUCAGGAGAAGGCUUUUGACGUGGUUCGAGUUUUCGAAAGACAGGAAAAGGCUGGCGGAUGCUGGGUCUCAAGAGAUGAUGAGCCUCCACGGCAACUCGAUUUUGACGGGUUAGCAGCUCGCACCGCAGAUGCACCUCUGAAGAUCCCAGAGCAGCUCCCAUGUCGGACCCUGCCAGGAACUCAGGAUCGCUUCACUGAUUCCCCUGUCUAUCCCGGACUGGAAACGAACGUGGAUGCGGGAGUCAUGUCUUACUCCCAAGAGCCGAUCCCCACUGUCCGGUCUCAAUGGUCGAUUGACCGCCACGGCCCAGAGACACCGUUCCGGCAUCACACUGUGAUCCGACAGUACAUCGAGGAUCUCAUUACUAAGAAGGGACAUGGCGAGCUUGUUGAAUACAACACGACUGUUGAGCAGGCGAUCAAAGAUUCAAGCAGCCAGAAAUGGACCCUAACUCUCCGCCGUAGAGAGCUUCAUAAUGAGAGUCCCUCAGAUUACUGGUGGACCGAAGUAUUCGACGCAGUGGUGGUUGCUUCGGGUCACUAUGCGGUGCCAUAUAUUCCUGCCAUUCCUGGACUGGACGAGUUUGCAAAGGCGUACCCUCGAAGCGUCGAACAUACUAAGCAUUAUCGAGGACCCGAAACUUACCGGGGAAAGAAAGUUAUCACCGUCGGCGCAUCAGUCUCCGCCGCAGACACUGCAGUCAGUCUGAUUGACAGUGCCCAAACUCCCAUUCACGCCGUGGUCCGUGGUCGCUACAACAUCUUCUUCGGCGACGAAGCCUUCAAGCACCCAAAAAUCCAGCGCCGAGCCCCCAUCUCGCGCAUCACCACCGAAGACCGAACAGUGCAUUUCGAAGACGGCACCUCAGUCAGCGACGUCGACCACAUCAUCUUCGGAACAGGCUUCACUUGGACAUUACCUUUCCUCCCCCAGGUAUCAACACGCAGUAACCGUGUGCCCGAUUUGUACCAGCACGUUUUCUACCGUCACGACCCCAGCCUCGUCUUUAUCGGAGCGGUAGGCGCCGGUCUGACUUUCAAGGUAUUUGAGUGGCAGGCCGUUGCAGCAGCACGCAUCCUUGCAGGCAGGGGUGCAUUGCCCUCGUUGGUCGAACAGGAGAGUUGGGAGACGGACCGGAUUGCGCAGAAGGGUGAUGGGCCAGCGUUCACGGUGGUCAACCCUGAUUUCAGCGCUUAUUUUGAAGAACUGCGCCGGAUUGCUGGGGAGCCUGAUGAGGGAGUGCCAGGACGGCGAUUGCCACCAUUUGAUCAGAAAUGGGUGGAUGAUUUCGAUGCCGGCCACGAGCGGAGAAAGAAGAUGUGGAGACGGGCUAAUCAGGAAGCCAGACUUUAG